AUGCGUCUGUCAGCUCUUUUCCUCGCCGGCGCCGCCACGGCCGCCGUCAUCACGCCCAAGGGCGAGAGCCUCAUUGCUCCGGCGCCCGCGCCGGGGGAGGUCAAGAUUGUCAACGUGUCGGCCAUCGGCUCGGGCUGCCCCGCGGGCCACGCCUAUGUCAACAUUGACGCCACGGGCACCAUCUUCGACGUGGCCUUUGACAAGUACAUUGUCACGGCCGGCCCGGGCACGUCGGCCUCGGACAGCCGCAAGAACUGCCGCAUCAGCAUCAACCUGGCGUUCCCGUCGGGAUAUCAGUUCUCCGUCAUUGAGACGCGCUUCACGGGCUAUGCCAGCCUGUCCGAGGGCCAGACGGGCACGUGCCGUGCAGGCUACACCUUCGCAGGUGACAGCAGCCAGGAGGUUGUCUUCCAGAAGAACCUGAUCGCGCCGUACGAGGACAACUACAACAUGAUUGCGGGCGUGGGCGUCGAGUCCUUCUCGCGCUGCGGCGGCACGACCGCCAUCCUCAACGUCAACUCGGAAAUCCGCAUCACGCCCAUUUCCACUCCCAAGCCUGGGACCAUGACUGUGAGAUCCCCCUACAAGGUGCUGCUUGCGUGGCGCCGCUGCGACCCUGCAUGA